CGAAUGAAAGACCCGAGGCCGAGUUGCUGGGCUUGUGGUCUCUGGUCGUCUCUGGCCCCCGGUUCUUCCCAGCCUUCUUCGCCCUUCUCCUCUCCAUUGCAGAGUCACAUCGUGGCUGGGCCCCCUGGAUCUAUCCCUGCGAGCACGAGCCAUCCGUCAACGCCGUCCUGGAUCCGGUGUAG